GUCCUCCUGGGUCGCCCUGGUGGCCGCUGGGCGCGCGGAGCUCAUGGAGCCGGCUCAGGGCGCCCCUCCGGGGAGCGGCGGGGGCGAGGCGCUGCUGGGCGAGCUAGAGGCGCUGGUCCGGGACGUGGAGAGGGCCAGCUCGUGGUGGGAGCGCCGCGGCGUGGACUGCGCCAUCCUCGGGCUCAGCCUCCUCGCCUUGCCGGCCGGGUUCUUAUGCCUGCGCUCUGAGAAUGUCCUGGUCCUUGGGCUGGGCAUCACCAUCCUGGGUGUGUCCCACUACACACUCACUGUCAAGGGCAGCCACUUGGCCACUCACGGGGCGCUCACAGAGUCCAAAGGCUGGAGCAAGAUCUGGGAGCUUUUCUUUGUGGAGGUAUGCUUGGCCUUCAGUGCGGAGUACGCCAAGUAUGGACACGUCAAAAUACACCAUGGUUAUACCAACGUGCUGGGCCUGGGGGACUCGAGCACGUGGAGACUGCCUUGCCUCAACCGCUUUGUGUACAUGUUCCUUUCUCCUCUCUUGAUCCCCAUCAUAACUCCACUGGUGGCUGUCGAGCGGCUGAGGAAGGUGGAGCUCAGGUUGGCUGUGCGCACGCUGGGCCUGAUUUCCCUGGGCCUCUAUGCUCACUACUGGCUACUUCUGAACGUGUCUGGCUUCAGGAGCCCCGGCUCGGCCCUGCUCUGCAUGUUCAUCACCAGAUCCCUGCUGGCCCAUCCUUACCUUCAUGUCAACAUCUUCCAGCACAUUGGGCUGCCCAUGUUCUCCCGGGACAAGAAGCCCCGGCGGAUUCACAUGAUGAGCCUGGGUGUGCUGAACCUGCCUCGGCUGCCGGUGCUGGACUGGGCGUUUGGCCACUCCCUCAUCAGCUGCCAUGUGGAACACCACUUGUUCCCCUGGCUCUCUGACAACAUGUGCCUGAAGGUGAAGCCCGUGGUGUCCCAGUUCCUCCAUGAGAAGAAGCUGCGGUACAAUGAGGACUCUUACCUGGCUCGCUUCAGGCUGUUUCUCAGUCACUAUGAGGAGUUAAUGGUGCAGACCCCUCCCAUCACCGAACUGGUGGGAUUGCAGUGAGGGGUGGGCCGCACAGUCACCCUGCACCCCCUCCCUGACCCAACCCUAGCUCUCUUGCUUCUGCUGGCCUGCC